AGCUCCAUAGGCGCAACUCGAGCCGCUCUUCUCGGCUGUUGCUUCGCACCCGGCGCAUGUGUCGCAUUCACGACUCCCGAGGUUCCCUUUCAGCGCGACGUGCAAUGCAAUGCGUCUUCACGCCAUCCUGCCAUCCACUCCAGCUUGUCACAAGUAAGCCCGCCCUCCCACCGCAACUGGCUCUUCCAGAAGCCCACCUGAAACAAUCUCUGCCGCCGAAAUGUGGAGAAGCGCGUCGCAGCCCUACCACGUCUGCAUCUGGGCGUCGUCUCCCACCUCUCUAACCCCCUUCACACCGGCACUUCCAUGUCCCACCCGGCAGUUCCCAUCUCGUUUCAACCUGAAUGUUUGCAACGCCCGUGAAUCAUCCACUAUUCCACCGGCAUCGGCAGUAAGUCUUCAGCCCUACCCUUACGUGGCUUCAACAUCCGCAGCCUGUCAGCGACGCGCAGUGAAGAUUGGUGCGGAAUCACGAAGGGUAAGAAGGAGCCGCGCCACAACCGCGUUGACAUUUCCUGAUUUGGUCGAGGAACGCGCAUCACGGUGGAGUUUUCAGCUGAGGACCCUUGGUAGCCGUCUCGAGUAGCCUCGGGCGAGGCUUAAGCUUUGGAAGGAGUGGCUUGGGUGUCGCCGCAUUAUCUGGGUAG